CAAAACAAAAACGGAACGCACACAACAACGAUAGCAUUCUGACAGGCAACGACUAACCUCUAAGUUCAUUUGUUUUCAAACAUGAAGUUCUGUGCUAACUUAUCUUUUAUGUUCACUGAAGCAUCGUCGAUACUAGAAAGAUAUGCUUUAGCAAAGGAGGCUGGAUUUAAAGCGGUUGAAACCGGAUUCCCUUUCGGUUUUACGGUAGAACAAGUGAAAGAGGCUAAGGAAAAAGCCGGCGUUGAACAAGUGCUGAUAAAUUUGAAGACAGGAGAUGUAACUAAGGGAGAAUUAGGAGUAACAGCAGUGCCAGGAAAAGAAAAUGAAUUCAAAGACAAUUUUAACACGACAGUUACCUAUGCAAAAGCCUUGAAUGCUAAGAAAAUCCACAUCAUGGCUGGAAAGCUCCAGAACGCCACAUCACAAAACUGGGAAACUUAUGAGAACAAUUUGAAAUAUGCAGCCGAUGUUCUGAAGAAUGAAAACCUGCUUGGUGUUAUUGAACCUAUUAAUCAAUACUCAGUUCCUAAUUACUUCUUGAGUGACUUCAAAAAAGCUUUGGACAUCAUAAAACGCAUCAACAGCCCUAACCUGAAGUUGAUGUUGGAUGUGUUCCAUCUACAACAAAUAUGUGGUGAUAUAUCCCACAGCAUUACCAACUUCAUGCCUUAUGUUGGUCAUGUACAGAUUGCUCAAGUACCAAACCGCAAUGAACCGGACACUCCAGGAGAGAUAAACUAUGAGUAUGUGCUCAAACAGUUGAAUGACAAUGGCUAUAACGAUUGGAUUGGCCUUGAGUACAAACCUUUGAAGAGUUCUAAGGACGGACUUGUGUGGAUCAAGAAUUAUGGAUAUAGUCUAUAAUAUACAGAUAUUUC